AUGUUUAAAAAGAAAUCCCAAACCGAGGAAAAUAAAUCCGACAAAUCCAAAACCCAAAGAAAAAUUUUAUGUUGUAUAAAGAAACUAAAAUUUAGAGUAGUUAAGUCAACAGCAGCUGAACCAACCACAUCUGAAGUCGAAGAGGAAUCUGAAGGAAGUGAGGUGGAGGAGGAGGAUGUAGAUCAAUUACAAUUAAUGAUAGAUUACAUCAAUCAAGAUGCAUGUGAAAAAGCAGAUGAAAUUGACACAAAAACAGCCGAAUUAUUCUUGACUGAGAAAGCAAAGCAUUUUGAAGAGGAAUACUCCAAAAUAUAUGAAUAUUACGACAAAAUGGAAACAAAAUAUCAAGCUUCGAUACACAGAUUCGCCGCUAAUGCCAUCAAUAAAGGGAGAUUAUUUGUUUUACGCGCACGUGCUAAUUAUGUUGUGGAAAUAAUUGAUGAGGCCCGAGGGACUUUGGACACAAUAGCUAAUCCACAAAAUCAAAAAUAUAUUGAAACAAUGAAAUUAUUAAUUUUGGAAGGGCUCUUAAUGUUCGAUGGUUUUUGA